GGUGAGCUCUCAUAGACGCCGCGGUGCAACUUUCUAAAGCUAGUGCUUUUUACAUUACCUACAGUACUGCUUUUUGCUGUUCUUUAUCUUAAUCGUGUAACCGUGACCAUGCAUAUGAAAGUUCAAUUCUGCACUGCAUUUGUUGUGUGCAGGAAGUAAGGAUUUAGCCUUACAAAACAGGACAUGCUUGAUAGGGUGGGGCGUAUACCCCGUUGAAAACACUUCGUCUAGGUCCUUACUAUGGGAAACUCGACAUUACUCAUCGAUAAUGCACUUGAAGGGCGCUACUAUUGCACUGGAGCUUUGGCGUUACUUUUCUUUGAUCACCUUAUAACUCUUGAUCAAGAAGUAAUGUGUUCGAAGGGUAUCUUGAUUCCUCUAUGCUAACUCGAACACCUCUGGGUGGAAUACUUUUGGUCAGGCCCAUGGACACUAUCAAGAGGGCUCUAUCUAAACAUUCGGUAUUUAACACUUUUGAACAUCUUAUUUAUGUCAAUGGGCUACAACGUUGUUCUGCCGCCGUCGAGGUGUAUUUCCCUGCUCUAAUGUUUCAAAGACACACCAUGAUUUUUAUGCGUAUACAGCUGCGUCGGGACAUCUAUUGUCGUCUUCGUUUUGACUGGCCUAAUUAUGGUUCUUAUGCAAGCUGUUGUUACCUUUCAAGUGUGGCACCUUUUCACUCAUAGUAAACUUGCCCAAUCAAUUAUCGCACACAUCUACCUCGCAUGCACCUUCUCCCAAACUAUCUUGAUGGGUUAUACAUACCACAAGUCCCCGUUAAUACGUGCACCCAUAGGUGCUAAUCUUACUUUUUGCGGAUAUCUUCCCCCAAUAACAACUUGGCACGUGUAUAUACCCGCAAUGGUCCUACAUGUGACGAUGUAUGGGUUGACAGUUUAUCGGGUGAAAUACAGUAGUGCAUCCAUUGUUUCCAGAGCAUUCGUUCGAAGAUUCAUUGGCGAAGGUGCCCCUAUGUAUUUAAUUGCAACAGCUUUCUUUGUAUUAUGGCUCGUAGCCAUGGCCAUGUCAGGACAUGAGGGGACAAUAGCUGGAUUCAACUCCUAGGGUGCAGAUAUUGAGAGCAAGAGCUUCAACCGCAAGUUACCGUUAGAUUACAGCCCCGAUGAUGUGAUCAUGAUACUAGUAGUCAAGUUAGUUCCUCUCC